CACCUGCACAUCGCCUCCGCUGCCGCUGCAUCCGCUUUCUCGCUUCGCUUUUGCCCGUAGAAUCUCCGUAGGAUACUUCACGGACAGUCUUGCAUAAUUUACCUAACUUUCACGACUACGACCACCAUUGCUACCAUGCCUUUCACCACAGACUCUGAGCUGGACCUCCUCUUUCCCGCCGAGCACAUUCCAGACGAGGCCCGGAAGCAGCUGCACCCAGACCUUCAUCUUCGCCCGCUCGCGUCGACUGACUACCGACGUGGCCACCUCUCAGUACUCUCAGUGCUCACAGUCGUGACGGACCCAGGUGAGGACGCGUGGGCGACCGACCGCAUCGUCGCGGUGGGCACCGUCUUCAUCGAGCGCAAUGUCGGCCAUAUCGAGGACAUUGCCGUCGACAAGUCCCAGCAGGGCAAGAAGCUCGGCCUGCGGAUCAUCCAGACGUUGACCGGCAUCAGCGAGAACAGCGGGUGCUACAAGACGAUUCUGAACUGCAGUGAUAGCAACAUUCCCUUCUACCAGAAGUGCGGCUAUGAGAAGAAGGAGAAUGAGAUGGCGAAGUAUGCCCCCGAGCGCUCACGGACGCCCAGGUUGUGA